AUGGCAAAUUAUUUAGAAAAUUACUAGAAAAUCUUAAAAUUUAAUGGUAAAUAAAAGAGUGUGAAGUUAUCUCUGAAUAGGUUUGCUGACUUAAGUAAUGAAGAAUUCAAAAAAAUUUAUCUCAAUAGAUUCAACAGUAAGCAGGUAUAAACAAUAACAGACCCUUUAAUUUCCAUUGGUAAAAUCAGGAAGUCAUAGUAAAUCGCAGAUAAUGAUAAUCCUUCAUUAGAUUGGAGAGAAUUAGGCAAGGUAACAUCUGUAAAGGAUUAAGGAGAUUGUGGUAGCUGCUAUGCAUUUGCAGCUCUGUCAACAUUAGAAAGCGCAUUAUUGAUUCAGAACGAAGAUUAAUACAAGGGAAUAGAUCUCUCUGAAUAACAAAUAAUUGAUUGUUCUUUCAGAAAUGGGGGAUGUAAUGGUGGGCAUGAAACAAUCGUCUUCUAAUACUUGAUGACAUAAGAUAUUACUAGAGAAAUUGACUAUCCCUAUAUUUAAAGAAGAUCUUAGUGCAAAUAGAAUCUGAAUGAUUUUGUAAGAGUAAGAGGGUUCUAUAAUUCUAAGGAAGUUGAUGCUUCUGUUCUAAAAUAUGUUAUUUAAAACUAGCCAGUAUCAAUUGGAGUAAGUGGAUAUUCCGAUGUUUUUCGAAUGUACAAAAGUGGAAUUAUAUCAUCUGACUGUGGGGAAGAUAUUAACCAUGCUGUUUAAUUAGUAGGUUAUGGAAGAGAGAAUGGAAUGAACUAUUGGAUUAUAAAAAACUCUUGGGGAGAGACAUGGGGUGAGAAUGGGUAUGCCAGAAUACUCAUGACUGAGAAUACCACUACUUAAACUUGUGGUAUUGGAUCCGAUUACACAUACCCUGUAUUAUUUUGA